UCAGGGACGAGGAGAAAACUUGACGAUCUGCUCCAGAAAACUUGAUCAAACUGUGGAUGUGGCGAGAGGGAGAUGAGUCUGACUGCGCCCAGGUGGAUUGUAGCGGUUUAUUUGUGCGCCGUCCUUCCUCUCUGCUCUUCAGUCCAUGUUUUCGUGCGGGACGAGAGACGAUAUGCCGUCCUGUUCCAGUCUGUGGUCCUUCCCUGCCAGUACAACAGCGUCUCUACUCAGACCCCCGUCGUGCAGUGGGUGUACAAGUCCUACUGCCGCGAUCGCACCCGGGACUCCUUCAGCUUCUCCGACAGUUUAGGAGGAGGUGUGGGCGGAGGCGGGACCGGUCCUGGGAGCGGGUACACCGGGCAUGGAGGAUACGGGACGCAGGGGGGGUACGGAGGGCGAUAUGAGACGGGUACAGCCAGUUACCUGGACUGUGCGGACAGCGGCCGGACGGUGCGCACUGUGGCCUCUGUGUCUGGAUCCUCCAUUACUCUGUCUGAGUAUUACAAGACCAGAGACAUCUCCGUCAUCAACAAGGCGGAUCUGCGGAUCGGAGAGGUGCAGUGGGGCGACAGCGGCGUGUACAUUUGUAAAGUCAUUAUUUCAGACGAUCUGGAAGGACAAAACGAAGCCUCCGUGGAGCUGCUUGUGCUCGAGUGGGUGUUUGUGGGGGCGGUGGCUCUGGGCUCGGUGCUCUUCUUGUUGCUGGUGGGAGUCUGUUGGUGCCAGUGCUGUCCUCACUCGUGCUGCUGCUACGUCAGCUGCUGGUGCUGCCCGGACACAUGCUGCUGCCCCCGACACUUGUAUGAAGCAGGUAAAGGCAUAAAGACGGGCCCCUCCACUCCGCUCUACCCUCCAUAUUUUGUGUCCGGGGUCCCGGCCAUGGUCCCCAUCACGCCCCCGUCUCUGGUGGACAAAGCGUCUGUGUCUGUCCCUCCGUCAGACGCCACUCUAGUCACAGUUCCGGUUCAUGCGAUGAGCGCCCCCUACUGCGUGCCUUCAGUACAGGAUCAGAAUUCUCUCAGGGUUCUGCAGUAUGUAGAGAAACAACUGGCUCAUUUCAACCCCGCCAGGUCCACGAGCCUCCACUCGAGCAGCGCCUCUGAGCUCAGUUCUCUUCAUGAAGGAGAAAACAACAACUUCAGAAAAACCUUCAAAAAUGUCCAGAAGAAAGCAUUACCUGCGAUUCUCGACGUAGACCUGACCCUUGACCCCGAGCCGCCGCGUCUCCAUGACAACGUACCCUCGCCUCAACGCUACCACGACGACCCGACGUCACCUCGCCGUCAGCACCACGACGACCCGCCGUCGCCGCAACGCUACCGCCACGUCGACUCUCCGUCGUCGAAGCGUUUCCAUGACGACCCGCCGUCGCCGCCACGUCACCGGGACAGUCCACCUUCGCCCCCUCGAAUCAAACCGUCCUCUCCUCUGCACUACCGCCCCAGGCCCCUGUCGCCGCAGCGUCACCGUAACAACCCGCCUUCACCCGAGCGCCACCGCGACAGCCCCGCCUCAUCGCACCGUUACCAAGACAACCCGCCGCAGCACUACCAAAACAACCCGCCCUCGCCACAGCGCUACCGAAAGGACCCGCCGUCGCCGCAAAGGUACAGGAAAGACCCCCCCUCUCCAAAACGGUACAGGGACGAACCGGACUCAGAGCCGUACUUCAAACAGGAGAAGCCUCCGGUCCAGCGGCGGUUCAGCGACGACGCUCCGCCCCCUCAGAGCCGAAGACCAGGAGCCAAACACCAGCCAAACCCCCGAGACCAGGACCAUCAGAGGUGGAACCCACGCUCUGAGCAUCUACAAAGGAAGUCCUAUCGCUCUGGUGAACGGACUGUGUCUCUGGACGAGCUGGAGGAGUUCGCUUUUUCAUAUUCACAGAGACGAGGCCGAGGGGCGGAGCGAGGAGCAGAGGACGGGACAAACUACGAACUCCAGGAGUUUAGUCAACACAACACUUACGAUAACAGACUUACACAGCAAUAUUAUCCCAACGAAAACCACACGGGACACACCGGUGACCGCGACGACUAUCCCAGGAGAAAAAACAGGCGGGACAUCAGCCCUCUAGCGUCCCCCAAAAAGAGGAGAGGGACCUGGGACACCGAUCGCCCCGUACCCCCUCCUCCGCCCUCAUCGUCCUCACAAGAAAAAGACUACGACCCUACGUUUCUCAAUAGUCUUCUGGAUCGUAAGGCUAAGCUACGAGGGGUCAGCCUGGAGAAAGGAGCGUCGAGAGGAGACGGAGGGUCAGACACGCCCUCCAGAAGCAGCUGCAACCAGGGCAGCGGGGAAUCGCACAGACACUCCCCGAAUAACAGGCCCGAUGGAGACUCUUUACUUUACUCAGACACAGAAACAAACAGGAAUCAAAGUCCAUCCUGGAGACCUGUCCCGGGGAACAGCGUGUCCUCUCAGCCGUCUGCUCUGGUCCAACCUGGACGCAGAGAAGAAACGAGGGAAAAGCCGAGAAAAAUGAACACCGUCCUCAGCCGGGACUCUCUCAUCGUCUGAAGGGCCAGGAGCCGCAGGAGCCGCUGGAGCCGCUGGAGCCGCUGGAGCCGCAGGAGCCACAGGAGCCACUGGAGCCGCUGGAGCUGUUGGAGCCGACUGGACACGCGCCUCUUGAAUAAGGCUUUAUGUGCUGUCACUGCACAGAUGAGGUCAUCAGGGGUCCAUCCUCGUCUCGUCUCUCUUCUCUUGUCUCUCUUGUCUCUCUUCUCUCGUCUCGUCUCUCUUCUCUUGUCUCUUGUCUCUCUCGUCUCUCGUCUCUCUUCUCUUGUCUCUUCUCUCUUGUCUCUCGUCUCUUGUCUCUCAGGGCUGGACCUGGACUUAAGUGGACUCUGUGUGUGACCUGGACUGUCCCCUCAGGACAGACCGAGGGAACGGGACAAUGGGACAAUGAGGCUUUUCCGCAGUGAUGAAAAUAUAAAGAGACUUUUUGUUCUAGAUUUCUACUCACACUCUGGAUUUCAAGUUAAAGACGCAGUAUGUAACUUUUCUGGUUGAGUGUCCACUACCUGCUCGUCUCCAUGGUGAUGCUGCUCCCCUCACCACCACCACUGGAAAAGUUUCGUAGUGCAGCUUUAACCUCCUUAUAUGCAGCUAAAUGAAAGGUGACAGCUGAAGUUUUAUGCAAAUUGUAAAUAGUAUUUUGUAGUAUUUUUAUCUUUGUAUUUUUACGUCUUUACUAACGACAGUGAUCAAUGUUUUUGCACUAAAUGUUUAAACCCACAUAGAUCUGGAGUUUGUUAAAUCGUUUUAAAAAUGUUGCUUCUAAAACAAUAAUAUCUGACAUGUUUCCAGGUCCCGUCCUAAAAAGUCUCUGUUCAGAAAUAUUAUUUUUAAAGUACUGUUGAAGUACUGUUGAAGUACUGUUGAAGUACUGUUGAAGUACUGUUGAAGUACUGUUGAAGUGUGGAGUUUACGGCUCGGUUUGCUGCCUCCUGGUGGACACAGAAAUAACCUGUUUGUAAAUGUUAAAGGGUCAAUGCCUCGCCGCCGCUCUGAUCUGACGCGGCUCUGAUCUGAUGCAGCACAAACCAAAAUGUGUUUUAUAAAUAUGAGGGUUUCAGUUUGACACAACGAUAAAACUUUGUGUAUUUAUAUUUUUCAGCCUGUUUUUGUUUGUCCCAGAUAUGAUGUAAAUUAUGUUUCUGUCUCAGUUUUAUUCUUGUUUAAUAUCGACUUUAUUUCUCUCAUUAUCGUCCAGUGUCAACAGGAGCGGCUUUAACACGUUUAUCACC